GAGGGGCGAGGCGGCCGGGACAGAGAGCGCGGCGUGCAAGAGGCCGGGGCGGCUCCCGGCGCCGAGUGCCAGAGGACCGGGCCCGGGCCGCAAUCCGGGGGCUGGCCGCGGGGCUCCCGGGGAUUCGGCCGAGGGGCUGUGCGUCCGCCGGCUUCCAGCAGGUGGUGCCAGAGCGCGGCCGGGGCCGGGAUCCGCUGCUCCCUCCCCUUGGGAGGGGUCCGAGGGGCAUUUAAGGAGCGGGGGCCGCGCCCGCAGCCAGUGUGGAGCCGGGGCCGCCGGGGACCAGCAUGAGGACCCUCUGCCAGCUCGCGAGCCUGCUCCUCUCCCUCCGGGCAGCCCUGGCGCUGAGCGAGCUGAGGUGGUGCGCCAUCUCGGACCCGGAGCGGGAGAAGUGCGAGGCCAUGGCGGCCGCCUUCCGGGAGGCCGCCAUCCAGCCGGCGCUGCGCUGCGUCCUGGGGACCUCGGCCGAGCACUGCGUCCGCCUCAUCCAGGUGAGCGCCCCCGCCCCCGCAGGAAAUUACUCACUCCGGCCACUGAGCGAGAGCGCCCGGGCGCCCGGGCGGGGGAGCCAGGCGGCCCCGCCUGGAGCUGUGGGGCGCGCGCCGUCCGGACCCGGCGCUGUGAGGGACGGCGGCCGGGCCGAGGUCACCGAGUGGCGGCGCUGCCACCUGGCGCGGGUGCCCGCGCACGCGGUGGUCGUCAGGGCCGAUACGGACGGGGCCCAGGUGUUCCGGAUGCUGAGGGAAGGCCAGAUGAGGUUCAACCACGCGGGAGCCAGCUUCCAGAUGUUCGAGUCCGAGGCCUUCGGGCAGAAAAACCUCCUGUUCAAGGACUCCACCACGGAGCUGGUGCCCAUCGGCACCCAGACCUACCAGGCCUGGCUGGGCGCCGACUACCUCCACGCCAUGAUGGGCCUGGUCUGCGACCCCGACAGGCUCCCCCGCUACCUGCGCUGGUGCGUGCUCUCGGCGGCCGAGAUCCAGAAGUGCGGGGACAUGGCGGUGGCCUUCAGCCGGAAGCAGCUGAAGCCCGACAUCCAGUGUGUGGCUGGCGAGUCCACCCGGCACUGCAUGGAGCAGAUCCAGGCCAAGGCAGCCGAUGUCAUCACCCUGAGCGGCGGGGAGAACGGGCCGGGCAACCAGGGCCGUGCCGCGCGGGGAGAGCACCGGGGGGGGGGGCCGGGCCUGGCUGCCCGCCCCAGGGGGCCCUGGGGGCCCAGGCCAGGCCCUCGGGGCCUGCCCCCCCGGGAUCGGAACCCCACCCCAUGCCUGGCUCGAGACCCCACUGUGGGGACCGCAUCCCACCCGGGGGCCCCAGUGUUGAGCCCAGGCCCCAAGGCCCCCAGAACGGGGCGCCCAGGAGGCCGGGGGCUAGACGCCAGGCCUGGCACAGCCUCAGGGGGGGGGGGGUCUGGGACCGGCCCCUGCUGGACAACCCGCUCCCGGCUCAGGGGAGGCCCCGAGGGCCCCAGGGUGGGGGGAGGCCCAGGAGCAGCCUCAUGGUCAGGGCCGGGGCGGGCAGGAGCGCAGCCACCAGGGGUGCCCUCAGCCCUGGCACUCGGGAGCAGCAGGAGCCCCGGCCUCUUCAGGAUGACCCGAAUGCCCAGAAUCACAGGUGGACGGGCUGGGCGGCGGGACGAGCUCAAGUCACCUAACUUCUGCCUGCCUCAGUCUCCCCAUCUGUCAAAUGAGUCAAUGCGGGCAAAGCGCCUGAUUCUUGCUGGUGGGCGGGACGGGGACCCCGGGGAGGAGGUGCUGGGGGCGGGCUCUCACCCCCCCGGGCCACCCCCAGCAGACAACAGGAAGGACUCGUACUACGCGGUGGCCGUGGUCAAGAGGAACAGCUCCUACUCCUUCACCCUCGACGAGCUGCGGGGCAAACGCUCCUGCCACGCCGGCCACGGCACCCCGGCCGGCUGGGACAUCCCCGUCGGGGUCCUGGUGCACAGGGGCUUCAUCCGGCCCAAAGGCUGCGACAUCCUGGAAGCCGUCAGUGAGUUCUUCUCGGCCAGUUGUGUGCCCGUGAACAACGCCCAGGACUACCCGCCCCGGCUGUGCCAGCUCUGCAUCGGGGAUGAGCACGGCCUGAACAAGUGCUACGGCAACAGCCAGGAGCGCUACUAUGGCUACAGCGGGGCCUUCAGGUGUCUGGCCGAGGGUGCUGGGGACGUGGCCUUCGUCACACACUCCACUGUCUUUGAGAACACCAACGGCCACAACCCCGAGGACUGGGCCGUCCAUCUGAAGUCCGAAGACUACGAGCUGCUGUGUCCCAACGGCGCCCGGGCCGAGGUCACGCAGUUCGCGGCCUGCAACCUGGCCCAGGUGCCGGCUCACGCCGUCAUGGUGCACCCGGACACCAACCCCUUUGCCGUGUACGGGCUGCUGGACAAAGCGCAGGAGCUGUUCGGGAACGACAGCAACAAGAACGGAUUCAAAAUGUUCGACUCCUCCGACUACCACGGCCAAGACCUGCUCUUCAAAGACUCCACCGUGCGCUUGGUGCCGGUGCGGGAGAAGACGGGCCCGGCCUGGCCCAGGACCACGGGGUUCCUGGGAGGGCCUUUAUCGCCCUGCCAGGGCAGGACCCUGGGCCAGUACCUCUGGCACCGAGGGCUUGGGGCGCUGCAGAGGCCACCGGCCCUUUCCUCCCGGGGCCCCUUCCCCCUGGACCCCGUCGCCACGCCCGGGCCGGGAAGCCCCGCCCGCCGGUUCCUCCGCCGCCUGGCCAGGCCGACCCACCUGCUUCCCCCGACUGCAGCUGGCUCGCCUUCCCCCGCCCCUGACCGGCACCUGCCUCUGGGGAGCUCAGUCAGCCCUGCCCUGAGGGGCCCUCCCGCCGAGGCCGGCUUCCAGGCGCGACCACUUCGGAACCCCCCAGCGCAGAGCCCAAGGCCCCCAACGCCCCCCAAGGCGGAGCCCAAGGUCCGAGAUGCCCCUGGAGCCCCCACGACUCAAGGCCCGCUAUUGGGGAGGGAGACUCACCCUCAGGGCCCGGCCCAUAGCAGACCGGGGAGCCCCAGCCCGCCCCAGGGGGCCCCGGGACACGGCCCCCCCUCAGGGGCCGCCACGUUCCCGUCUCCGGGCCGGGUCGAGGCCCCAGGCCCGGGCCCCGUGCCCAGGACGCCCGGGGACCCCAGGUGCCUGGGGGUUAUGGGGGCAGCGGACCCAACACUGGCUCAGAAAUGA